AUGGCUGCCUAUUUCUUCGCUCUUGAGGAAAUUGUAGUCAAUAUGAGUAUAUUGCUCUAUAGCAUGUGAUAUAUUGUAUCUGUUUAAUGUUGUGAGUAUCUACCAGUAUGCCGGCUACUAAUUGCGACCAAUUUACCAAAAUUUUAGACAAGAAACUCAAUCCAUUUAACUCGACAAUUUCUGAGUUAAAAAAAUCAGUUAAAGAAGCAAUGAGUUUUCUCGAAUUUGUGAAUGCGAAGUAUGAAGAAUUGCUAGAGAUGAUGAAGAGCUAAAAGGAGGAAAGAAAGGCUUUGAAAGAAGAGAAUAAGAUCUUGAAGGCAACAGUUCGCAGUAUUGAAAGUUCACUGGAAUCAGUUACGAGAGUGAACAAUGAUCUGGAGCAGUACACUCGCAAAGAGUGUGUAGAAAUCCAAGCAAUCCCCGUUGCUGCUACUUCAUUAGAAGAGCAAACUAAAAAUAUUGUGACGAAUGUCGGUAAACUACUGGGAAUGGAUAUUACUCAAAAUGACAUUUCAGUAAGCCAUCGAAUGCCUCAAAGUCAAAAACACAAAGGCAAGCCUGGACCGCCAGCUAUUAUCGUCAAAUUUACUAGGUGUGAUGUCAAAGAUAAUUUCUACCAUGCAAGGAAGCAGCUCAAGGACUUAACAAUGCGAGAUCUUGGAUAUUCCGAGAAAAAUAAGAUCUAUCUUGCAGAGAGCCUGACAGAAAGGAAUUGA